UACAGUUUGUCUGCGGAUCCGACACAAGUGCAGCACCUUCGUCAGACAGGACGCCGGUACUAGCUAGAGCGGUUAGAACAGAUGCAAUAGACGCACUGAGGUAACAACUUACCACCCCUGUAGCCGCUCUUAAGGGUCACAGGCCCUAGUUUCGACCUAUCCAAGCAUGUUGGAGUUCCGGCCUGGGUCCAGCGAAUACACGCUGCAAUAGCGGCUGUUAUUAGGAAAUUGAGCGAGUGGAGGGUGUGUCUAUGAUAAUCUGAGAUGGAAAUUGUCACUGAACCCCGUCGGCUGACGAUGAAAGGAUGUACGAAAGUGUGCGUGCAUAUGUGAGAAGAACGCCUCGAGAAAUAUCUAUACAGAUAGAGAUCAGUGUUAGAAUAUUGCAGGUCGGAAACGUCAAUGAAUGAGCGCAAAUUAGCUAAGGUAGUACAGCAAUGUCGUCGAUUAAAGGCUGAUGAUACAUAUUCGUAGCAAAAAAAAAAACGUGUUUCACUAAUUCAUUCAUGACUGUGCAUCGGCAAAGUUAGCCUUCUUGAUCCGAGGAGUUGUGCAGGUCGGUUGAUAUAGAGAGAGACUGUUGUGCGCGACCAAUAGGAAGAACUGUGUUCGUCUUUGAGGAGUUAUCAUACGACUGUGUGACGAUCUUAAAAAGGAACAGGAACAAAAUAUGCUAAACGGAUAACUAUAUCGACAUCAAGAUAUAACUUUUUGUCAAAUAGUCUAUCGGUGGGCAGAGAAUUUUCGGUUGCCGGAUACCGAAAGGGGACAAUCGGCCCCGUACAAGAUGCACAGCGCCUACAGACCGAAUUAUCGGCACUACGAACAUUAUGAUCGGCGUGUAUAUGGCAGACCCCACUACGGUUUAAACCCGCCACCGCGGGCAGCGUCAAUUCACGUCGCAUCCUCUGUGCACAGUUUUAGUCGGCGGUCAGGAGGCACCUUAAUGAGGGCCGGAGCCGGCGCUGAUGCCCAGUCGACGGUUAUGCGUGAAGAACGAAAACGUCGGGCCAAGACCCGCUGCCUCGUUACCGUCGGCGUGCUUCUUCCGGCCAUGGCUGGAAUUAUCGGUGUGGUAGCGUAUGCUGUUAGCGCGGAAAACUAUGGCCGUACACCAUUAGGUCCGAGAUCAACCAGCGAAGGCGUGAAAUUGGGAUCCCUGGCAGACUCCGAGGGCUCCCGUAGACGGGCCUCGAAUUCGGCCGAGAAUAGAAUGGACACCUUCGAAGUCAAAAGUGCUUCUAAUCACGUGCCCAUGAAGCAACUACCGCCACGAACGCGGGAGCCGGAUCACGAAAGGGAAUCACAAUUAAACGCGCUUAAUCCUGGACCGGCUUUAAACAUAGGCGAUUCGCUAACCAAACCUUGGCAAGAGCCUCGACAGCGGACGACCUCUCACCAAUCGGACAACAACCGCAUCAGAGGAAAGGUUUAUUUUGACAACGAGCAAACCGACGUGCCUCUCAGACAUGGUGAUGGUAGCCCCGAAGAGGUGUUUCACGACUCCAGACAAAAACACUUUCAGCAAGCUGAUCCCUCGUUCACGCAGCGUGUAGGCUCUGAUCCAGCACUUCCUGAUCUCGGUUCGUCUGAUCAUGCUUCUCAAACGAUUCAGGCGGCCGCUCCUCAGCAUUCAUCCUUUUUGAAAGACUCGCAGGUUCCGCAUGUUCCACAAAGCUCACAGCACUGGUCUAGCAGCUCAGUUUUGCAACAGCAACACCAAACGCAACAGCAGAUCCAUUCUCAACAAGCGGUUCAUCCUGUGGACUCUCACCGGUUGCCAUACCAGGCGGCGUCUCCAGCCUCGCGAACUUUACCCAUCAUGCCACCGCUCAUGCAAUUACCCACCAAUGCAGAAGUUCCGCAAACACAGCAUCAGCAGCAGCAGCAGCGGCCCGUGCUAUCGCCAUCUAAUGGCGCACGAUUUGCUGCAUCAGAAAUGAAGCCGCCUGCUACUCAUCAUAACCAACAAGGAUCCCCUCUAACCGUAUCCUCGCAAAUGAUGGGAGCUCAUGCAAAGCUUCACCAAAGUAUACGGACCAUUACCGCGCCCGUUGUCCAGAUGCCCAAGACCUCGCAUUCUAGCAGAACCCCACAGACUGUUGUAAUAGAUACAUCACAACCAAGUACUGGGAUGGCCGAUGGGACAUCGGGUGAUGCCUUCGUUGAAGGGGCCAUCCCAAGUGGAAUGCGCGAACAGCAAAUAACCGUUGUGGACAAUGACACAAAGAAGGGAUAUGUCAUUCAUUUCCUCGUCAGAGAUAAUGACGAAAACUCAGACGGGACGGUAGGUGGUUUCGACCCAAAUUCGCCAGCUUUCCACGACUAUAUCCGUCAGAUCAUUCGCCAACAACAAGAGCAGGAAGACCAAGACGUUGUACAAACCAUGGAAAUGUCUCCUACGGCCAGCAGUAAUAGUAGUUCAACUAUGGCUCCGACCGCGUUUGCCACUAUGCCAACAGCAACGAGGGUGCCUAGGACUACUUUAGCGCCCUUCAUUACGACAACGACAAAAACAGCUGUAACAACUGAGGCCCCGACGAGCAUAGCAAUGACGUCAAAGUCUACAUUGACAAAUAGUACGGUGACCACGAAGAAACCGAUCGAAGUUUCAAGCACAAACCGAAUGCAACGCCCUCUGGCCCCAAAGGUGCCUCAAAUUCGCCCACGAGUACAGGCGCGAUUCUCAUUAAAGGCAACUACGAAAGGCCCUACCGAAAGCACCGAGUACGAGGACGACGAAGAGGACGAUGAGGGGGAACAAGAGGCUGAUCCAUCAUAUACAGAUGAUGCGGUAAGCGUGGCCAGCGAAGAUCAGGAUUCUGGACGAAACAGCCAAGGACAAAUGCGAGCUAAUCAAAACGUCAGAGUAAAUACUCCACGGCCUCAGAGACAACCUCCUUCAUUUAAACACCACCGGCCAUCAAAGGUUCCCACGAUGGCGGCUACAUCUACCAUGCCUAAAAACAUUCUGAAAGACAAAUACAUGCCACCGCCGCUGCCGCCCCCAGCUUCAACGAUGAUCAAGCCGGCGCGACCGGUCUCUAAUGAGGGUCACCAGUCAACUCAAGCUUCGCCCUUGAAAGUGAUGACUUCUACACCGUCUACUGUAAAAUCAUCGACUGCUUCGACAGCGCGUCCACGCCCGACCAGACCAAAACCGAUUUUCUACAGUGAGGCAAACCGCCGCGACACGACGAGUUCCUCACAAAACCCGUUUAAACCGCCUUCUCCCAUCGACUACCCGCAAACAAAUCGACCCCUAAAACCCCCGACACAAAUAUUCUCAUCAACGAAACAGCGCGCAACAUUUGCCAAUGCACCGUUCCGGCCUCCAAGUCCUCCAAGAACAACUUUUCUUGGUCGGAUCGGUAGCGUGCCAGGAUUCGAACCACAGUUGAUAGAGGCCGAGCCCCAGCUCAGCAAACUUGCGGGUGUGCACGUUCUUCCAGAUGGUGGUCUUCUUCUGCCGGCGCCUCAGUUAACACCACAAUACCCGCCGACCGUGGCCAUUCCUCCGCCUCCUCCCGCGACCCAAGCCGACCCUAAUGCCCAAACAAAUCGACUCAAACGCACACGAAAGGUAAAGGGAGGCAAGAAAUCGAAAAAGCCUAAAAAGGACCGUUUUGGCAUCGAAAUUGGAGGCAGUCAUGGAGACGAUGAUGACGACAGCGGCAGCGGAAUCACCUUGUCGCUUGGCGGCGGUGGGAACGAUCGAAGACACGUCAGUCCCCUAAGUAUUGCAAAGCACAUCUUCCUACCUUUCCUGCCCAAGCCGAAAGUGAACCUGAACGGACGUGUAGUGUUCGGCGUCGUUCUUGAGAACGCGGCCAAGUUCGGCCACAAGAAGUUACGUUCGAAUGAAGAGCCUCAGGCAGUGGCCGAUAUCAGCCUGAACGGUCACACUAUACACGACCACACGCAAUAGACUACAAUUGCCUAACAACCUACAGCAUCCCAUGAUGAUAUUCAAACCUUUACAGACCUUAACACUCAACCAACUUUCACCGUGGGAAAUAGCACCGUGGGCACUAUUCGGCACAUACCUUAUCAGAAACUACAGGACGAAACGGAUUGGAACAGGGAGAUCGGCCGUGUGCUGCCGUACCGUAAAGCUACCAACGUACGACACGGCUUCCAAAAGAGACCACCUUCACGUCAAGGUCAACUGUUUGUCGCUUGAUCCAACUAAUCGACCUCAAUUCGAUUCUCCCGCUGUCUCCCUCCCUCCCUCCCUCCCUCUCUCUCUCUCUCUCUCUAAUAUAUAUAUACAUAGAGAUGUUUUUUAAUCAUGAACUGUUCCGGACGGACAGUGUCGUUAGGUAUAAGUUAACUUGUCUACAUCUGUCAUUCUUUAUACAUGAAUGGCACUUCUUGGGAUAUGAUAGUCGUGAGCGUAUUGUUAUUUCUAUAGGUGAAUUUGAAACAAUGCCAUGAUGUCGUUUUCUAAACGGUGAAAAUGAGAAACUUGUAAUAAUAGUGGCAAUGAACAACCUCACCAUAGUGGUGCUCGUACGCGUGAGAUCCGUCUGUAUCUGGGUUUUGCGAAAACGGCCACAGGGCGGAUAAUUGAAGAAGACAGUGUUGAAUACGGGUCGGUCUUUGCAUGUAUAUGUGCUUUGGGUGAUAUAUAGUAGUGACUAUGUUUAUUAGAUAUCUUAUAGGUUUCAUAUAUAUAUAUGUAUGUAUGUUAUUACUUGUUAAAAUAAUUAACCCCCCGGAGAGUUCUGUGGUUUGUUGUAUACCUGGACAUGUGCCAGUGUCACACACCUUCGUUAUCAAUUGCAAUUGAAACACGUUACGUGACACAGGGACUCAAAAUAGAGCCGCAGGGAGUUAGACCGUAUUCCCCGCUGGUGUCCCGCCUUAUUUUUGAAGUCGAAUAUGAAUUUAUCUCGAUCGGAAGCGUUCAUUGAUGUACCAUUAAUACUCUUUCGCCAGCGGUUGAGAAGGCGUCCACUGCGAAUGUACAGAAAAAAGAACCAGGUAUUGAGAGAGAAGGGGUAGACAUUUUGCCUUCUGGGCGACUUGAGUUCUUUUUAAGAAACGCUGUGGUACUAUGUCUGCCAGAUCGAAUAGGGGUAGGGCAAAACAUCGUGGGAUAGGAAAGAGAUGACGAGAGAGGAAAAGGAAAAUGUUGAGAAGGUGAAGGUGGUAACCUGUAGAAUAGGCUGCGAUGGCGGAGAUCUUCAAGCACCGAAAGGCAAAUGAGGUCGAGUUCAAGGAUUUUGUCCGCUGGGGACAAUUUUUUUUAAUGUCCGCGUCAUCUGCUUUUUCAUUGGCUUUCAGCCGUGCCGCAAACCACUAACGUCUCAGGCGCAUACGCAGCUGUUCGCUCACGGGGCUUAUUUAUACCCGGCACCUGUUGGCGGCUGGGUAAAAAAGUUCGAAAUUGUGUGUUAUCAUUACAGCAGGUAGGUGGUGCAGCAUGAGCCAAGAGAAAGAAACCCAUUAAAUUUUUAACAAUGGGGGAAACAAUCCGCAGCACUCAUUAGGGAAGGUACAAUGAUGUACAGCUGACACGAAGCAAAAACAUGAGCAGUGCUCACCGGUUACUAUUUUUUUUUGUUGUCAAUUAACAUUGUAUGAGAUGCGGUUCAAUAAGGUGGGCUUGAGCUAAUCUAGCGUAAAGAAAGAUGUGGCCACCUAUAACAAAUGACUUGGGUCAACCUCAUCAGCAUAGGUAUACUAAUAUCUGCUCGUGUUGAUUGCGAGCAGAAACGCAAUCGCAUGGAUUUUUUUUCUGCCUCAUUUGUCACGGCAGAAGAAGGAACAGUUUUAGAUUUACAUUUCGCUGCAGAUUUUCCUUAUAAUAUUGUUGCGCAGCUACUACCCAUAUAUAAUAAAAAUACAAACGACAUUGAAUAUGAAGCUCCGCUGCUCCUGUAUUGAAGUACGUAUGUGCAGUAGUAUUACAAAACCUUCUUGUAGGCAAUAUUUAGCUAAAUUUCAGUUGGGCCCUUACAAACUUCACUCAUAACCUAUAGUCAAUCACAGCAAUCGAGAAUUUCAUGGAACUGUUCUAUUUUUCGUCGUGUUGGAUUCUACCCAGGACAGGACCUUGAUUCGUUACCCUCUGCUUGACAGUUGAACAAUUAGCGUAUGCACAUAAUUUAUAUUCUUAUUUACCACAUGUGUAAAUACGCCUGAAAGUAAAUCACCUGGAUUUGGUUGAUGGUGUACAGCUUUUUAUAAUACAGUGUGAAUACACAUUGGACAUAAAUAGCUAUUGAUAGAUAUGAGCAUAUGUUACUCAUACGAUGUUAUGUGAAGAUCCUUCGUAAUGCUAGCCUUUUGCCGGAUCACGAUCGUCCGCGAGCUAGAAUACCGAUGGACUAGCUUCAUACUCGAUGUACUGAUGGGUUGGAGUAAGAUCGAAAUGGACCAAGGUUAUAAACCAAAACGCCGGAGAACCUGAGAGGUGCGAUGGCAUUUAUUUAUAGGUAGGCCAAACCAAAAGCAGGGCGGAUCAACAUGAAAUUGUGCUCCUAAGGAAAAGAAAGCAGUUUAGUAGUCAUCGAGUGAAAAAACCACGUGUCCGGUGUUUACUGUAUACAUAUUGACGAAUCUCACAAUGUGCCGACUAUUGGAGAGGUCAUCAGUAACUACUGCCAACAUACAAAUGCGACGUGUAUCUAACGAUGAACACAUAUUAUACAUUGUCAGUUUUCGCUGUUCAAUCGAAAAGCUAACGCCCACGUUACCGGGCCUGAUUGUCCAACGCCGCUUUCAGUAAUACCUAAUUACUAGCCCAAUUAGUGCGUUUACGUAGUGAACAUACCGUCGACCUGGAGCAAUAAACAACAAAUUUGUCCGAGAUAGCCUGGUUCAUUUCGGAAUUGACAGGUCUUUACAAUGAAAAUAGGUUUAAAAUAGGCUUCUUUUGUGUCAUCGAUAGACUGAACUUGUUUUAAGCGGGUAGUUGAUAGAUCCGUAUCGUAAACUGAGUACGUAUUGCAAAAACGUAUUGCAGAGAUCAUCCCUAGGUGGCUCGAGAGCGUGGCAUGAUUACAUUUAUGCACCGCUUAAGAUCAAACGAAAAUAGGCAUAUUUAUUGUUGGUCCUAGAUAUGCAUUAAAAGAUAUUAUAAAACUAUAUAAGAUAUAUCGAACGUUACAGAGAUUUAUAUAUGUUGUAUAUGAAUGUGUGUUGUUACUGAACGCGUUGAUCGCGCCAGAUAAGUAAAAUUAUAUAGAAAACAUAUUUAUGUCAAAUAGAAAAAAAUGCGUUCGAUGAGCCGGUGCUCAAAAGGCAAUAGUUAUUAAUUUGAUGGAGGGGGAACUGUCGUUUUUGAUAUAUCAUGUGAACCCAACAACUGUUGAAUAAACAGAUUAUGUAAAAUUUCUUACAAAACGUCGAUUAUUGUCCUAAUUACAUAUGACAUAAUCUAUAUGGAAACGAUUCUUGAUGAGGAGUGUUUUGCUUACGUGCACAGCAAGGCAUCCAAGCUAUAUCUGAUCUGCUUGCAACAGGCCGACUCCUGUCGGCGUAUUUAUCAUCAUACCGAUAAUUACAGCAAGUUGAUAGAAAAUUGCAACGCGACGCGAUUUUUGAAGUACUUAUCAGAAACAUCUACGGAGUUCUUUAAAAGGUCACCCACUUUUCCCAACUUUUGCCGGCGAAACAUUGCCAUUAGUGCUAAUAGCGACGAGCACUCACUGUGGAACGGACUCCAAGUGGUGUUCAUUAAUGAUAAUUGUUAAGAAACAUCUGUGAUGACGUCCUGCCCCUGAUCGUG